AUGGCAAACACCCGAAACGAAAACGAAGCCCUUGAUGAUGAUAAACAUGAAGAGGGCAUGAUCACACAAGCUGAAUUCAGGAUUUUCCAGCAGUUAGCCUACGAGGAUGAACUAAGUGAUGAUGAGGAUUAUGUUGAACACAUGUUUCGACACAAUCGACAAGGACUGUGCAAUAUGGGAGAGCGAGAACCACAAACAUUUCGUAUGAAAAUGGAUUUGCCCAGUUUUAAUGGUCAACUGCAAAUUGAGGGGUUUCUUGAUUGGCUGGCAGUAGUGGAGAGGUUCUUUGAUUACAUGGAAAUCCCUGAAGAUAAAAAGGUAAAAUUAGUUGCUUAUCGACUAAUGGGAGGAGCCUCUGCCUGGUACUUACCACCUGAUUAUGAACAAAUACUGUUUCAACAGUACCAGGACUGUAGACAAGGAAAUAGAACGGUGCAAGCCUAUAUCGAAGAAUUCCAUAGAUUAUCCUCACGUAAUAACCUGUUAGAAAAGGAUGCACAACAAGUCAGUAGGUUUGUUAGUGGGCUGCGAUUGACCAUACAAGAUCGUGUUUCCAUGCGGACCAUUUAUUCCUUAAAUGAAGCCAUUAGUUUGGCUACAAAAGCGAAAGCACAACUAGACAGGUCAAGGGCAAACAUUGUGAUGAGAAAUUCUUUUGAUCCCACCCGUGCUGCAGCAGACAAAGGGAAAUCACCCAUAAAUCAACCCCCACCAUCUAGUACCAUUAAAGGGUCAGGUAGCAGCGGAGCCCCAGCAAAGACUACAGGGAUAGUGCCUCCAGAGGCACCAAGGAAUCCUUAUGCUCGACCAAAUUCAGACAAGUGCUACAGAUGCGGGCAACUAGGGCAUCGGUCAAAUCAGUGUCCGAGGUGUAGCACAAUAAAUCUAAUUGAACCAGGGGAAGAAACGUACAUGGCAGGAGAGGAAGAAGGGGAUGAAAUAACUUACACCUAUGAUGAGAAUGAAAUUAUCAGAGGGGAUGAUGGAGAACUACUAUCAUGUUCUCUUGUAGUACGCAGGCUUUUGCUGGCACCAAAACAAACAGAUCAGUCGCAACGCCACAACAUAUUUCGCACUAGAUGUACUGUCAACCGAAAGAGAGCAGAAGCACAAGUCACUGAAAUCUGCUGCAUUAAGUUCUCCAUCGGGAAGAAUUAUCUAGAUGAAAUUACUUGUGAUGUUGUUGAGAUGGAUGCCUGCCAUAUGAUUUUAGGCAGGCCAUGGCAGUUUGACAUGGAUGCCACCUAUAAAGGACGUGAUAAUGUGUAUGUCUUCAUAACAGGAGGACAGAAGGUGGUAUUGGGUUCCAUACGAGAGGAGUUCUCUGCAGUAAAACCAAAGAUUAAAGGGAAGCCAGUGUUGUUGGUAAAUGAAAACCAAUUUAUGGAGGAAGCCAAGGAGUCAAGGGAGAUUUUUGCAGUAGUAAUUGGAGGAGGAAUUGGGGUCGAGCCUCCCAACAUCCCACAGGUACUGCAACCCUUGCUAGCAGAAUUUCAGGAAAUCAUAUCGUCAGAACUCCCGGAUGGGUUACCUCUCAUGUGCGAUAUUCAACACCAGAUCGAUUUAACUCCAGGGGCUAGUCUACCAAAUCGACCACACUAUCGGAUGAGUCCAAAAGAAAAUCAGAUCCUGCAUGAACAAGUGGAAGAUUUGAUCAGAAAGGGGCUGGUUCAGGAAAGUAUGAGCCCUUGUGCAGUACCAGCCUUACUAGUACCAAAGAAAGAUGGCAGUUGGCGCAUGUGCAUAGACAGUAGGGCCAUUAACAAAAUCACAGUUAAGUAUCGAUUUCCUAUCCCUCGCCUGAAGGAUAUGCUAGACAUGCUGUCAAGGUCCAAAAUCUUUUCAAAGAUUGACUUAAGAAGUGGAUACCAUCAGAUUCGAAUUCGACCAGGGGAUGAGUGGAAAACUGCUUUUAAAACAAAGGAGGGUUUAUACGAAUGGUUGGGAAUGCCCUUUGGACUAACCAAUGCCCCGACCAAAGAAGGUAGACCCAUUGCAUUCUAUAGCAAAAAACUUAAUGCAACUCGCCAGAAAUGGUCUACAUAUGAACUUGAACUAUAUGCUGUGUUUCGGGCUUUAAAGGUCGAGCAACUUAAUAAAGUAGCUAACGCUCUGAGCAGAAGAGUAGCAUUACUUCUAACCAUGCGGGCUGAAAUUAUUGGUUUUGACUAUCUUAAAGAGUUGUAUGCUGAAGAUGAAGACUUUGGAAAUAGCUGGGCACAAUGUCUACAGGGGUUCCCUCACAAGGGAAUGCAUAUUCAAGAAGGUUUGGGUGGUCAUUUAGGGCGUGAUAAAACCGUGGCCUUGGCAGAGGAAAGAUAUUACUGGCCCCAACUAAAGAGAGACAUUAGAAACCAUGUCAAACGCUGCCCUACAUGCCAGUGUGGUGUUGAUUCUGUCUUUGUAGUAGUGGAUAAAUACUCUAAAAUGGCCCAUUUUAUCGCAUGCAAAAAAACUUUUGAUGCCGUGCAUGUCGCUAACUUGUUCUUCAAAGAGAUCAUUCGCCUACACGGAGUCCCUAAAUCAAUCACUUCUGAUCGGGACACAAAAUUUUUAAGUCAUUUCUGGAGAACCUUAUGGCGGCAAUUUGACACAUCUCUGAACUUUAGCAGCACCAGCCACCCUCAAAGUGAUGGCCAAACGGAAAUGGUGAAUCGAACUCUUGGAAAUUUAAUCCGUUGUCUUUAUGGUGAGAAGCCUAAGCAAUGGGAUCUAACAUUGGCACAGGCUAAGUUUGCCUAUAACAGCAUGAUAAACAGGUCCUCUGGAAAACCCCCCUUCCAAAUUGUCUACUGCCAACCUCCACAACAUGCACUAGACUUGGCACCGCUGCCCAAACUUCCUGGUAUGAGCAUCGCAGCAGAGCAUAUGGCUGAUCGAAUCAAAGCUAUUCAGGGGGAGGUGCGGACGAACCUAGAAAAAUCUAAUGCCAGGUACAAGGCCGCAGCAGAUCGCAAGCGGCGAGCUAAAGAUUUUCAGGUAGGAGAUCUCGUGAUGGUGUAUCUACGCAAAGGGCGAGUGCCAGCAAGGACGUAUAACAAGUUGAACGAUAAGAAGCAUGGUCCUUUCCAGAUUCUGUAG